UUAUAAUGCAGCGUUUAUGGCGAUUGUACGUGUUGUUAUAUCCAACAUCACAGCACAAUUAAUUGAACAAUUUGGAUUGAUACGGAAGUAAUAGCAAGAGCAUUGGUUAAGAAUUACAAAAGCAAGUUUUCAUAUGACGAAAAUCGAAAGAAGGUGCCCCAACUACCACCCACAUCUUUAAAAUGUGACUUCAACUAUUUAUGUACUCGUUAAAUUGUACUUGUGAAAUUUUGAAUAACGUAUAAGGGUUCCUGUUGGUUGCUCGCGCUCCUCCCCCUCAGCGCUCGCGCGAACACACUGCUGUGCGGCGGUGUAUCACACGCGCUGGACAUGGCGGACGGACUCCUCUUCGUUUAAAUAAUAAACGCAGCAUUUACCCCCUCUCCCGAGAGAAUUAAAUUUCAACAUAAACUCUAAAUAAUUAUUAUCGUUUUUGAAGAAAUUUGCCAUAUUCUGGUCGAGGUGAAUCGGGCCUGUAUCUCCCUCUCUCUCAGAGAACAGAAUGACCAAUGAAGAACCUCUCCCGAAGAAGGUUCGCCUGAGUGAAUCUGACAUGAAGACCCUGACUCGAGAGGAGCUGUGUACCAGGUGGAAGCAGCAUGAAGCUUAUGUCCAGAUGCUUGAGGUGAAAUAUACUGAUUUAAACUCUAAUGAUGUGACGGGCCUUAAGGAGUCAGAGGAGAAGUUGAAGCAACAGCAGCAAGAGUCCGCACGCAGAGAGAACAUUCUAGUGAUGAGGCUUGCAACUAAGGAGCAGGAAAUGCAAGAGUGUACGACCCAAAUCCAGUACCUGAAGCAAGUCCAGCAACCGAGUGCGGCUCAGCUGAGAUCAUCCAUGGUGGAUCCCGCCAUCAACUUAUUUUUCCUCAAAAUGAAGGGUGAACUGGAACAGACUAAUGACAAACUGGAGCAAGCCCAAAAUGAACUGAGUGCCUGGAAAUUUACACCUGAUAGCCAGACUGGUAAGAAGCUGAUGGCGAAAUGUCGCAUGCUGAUCCAGGAGAAUCAGGAAUUGGGGAGGCAGCUGUCACAGGGGCGCAUCGCCCAGCUGGAGGCUGAGCUCGCCUUGCAGAAGAAGUACAGCGAAGAGCUAAAGAGCAGCCAAGAUGAGCUGAAUGACUUCAUCAUUCAAUUGGAUGAGGAGGUGGAGGGCAUGCAGAGCACCAUCCUGGUUCUUCAGCAGCAGCUGAGGGAGACCAGGCAGCAGUUGUCUCAGACCCAGGCCCAAGGCACUUCUAGUGGAGCUGGCCCAAGCAGAACUUCACCUUCAGCCAGCUCUGAACCUUCCAUUCAAAGUGAUGCUGCAAACACCUCCAGCUCCACUGUGGGGAAAGACUGCGGAAGGGUUUCCAAUGGUCCCUCCAAUGGUAAUUUGUCUCAGAGGGGUGUGUCUGUGUCCAGUCUAUAUAGGGAAGCAAGCAGUGCAGAUGAAGAUUUCCCACCAUCACCCUCUGUCUCCAGCCCCACCCAUGGUUGCAUGUCAAAACUCUCCAACCACUCAGAAGAUGCAGGAAGCCAGAGGGGCAUAGAAGGGUACGUGACACAGCUAAGUGCAGGCUACGAGAGCGUGGACUCGCCUACAGGCAGUGAGACAUCAGUGACCCAGCACUCUAACGAUACAGACUCCAAUGCUGACUCCCAUGAGGCCGCUGCUGUCUCCAAAGUCAGCAGGACUGCGGGUACACGGCACGGCACUCAAAAUGGUCUGGACUCAACUGCAGCAACAGUUGUGACCAACACCUCCAAUGCCUCCACAGGGUCUGUUUUGUAACAUUCUUAAAUUUCAGUGUUGGUUUUUUUUUUAACUCAUGACAAACAAGAAAGACAUACUUCAGGCCAGUUAUUUCUUGUUUGAGGAAGUUAAAUGAUUUUUUUUUUUUUUACCCCACCUUCUAUCAUAACUCAUUUCAGUGGAUUUUCAACAUGCUCUGACAGCUGAUUAUGUUUAUAAUGCAAGCAACUUUGAAAUAAGUUUGUAUAUAUUUUUUUUUAUGAAUGAUUUUAAAACCAUUUUUCCUCUUCAGAGUCUGUUGAUGUUAUAUGAACACCACUGGUACUGUACUGUUCAGAUGCUCACUCGCUAGAACCAGAAAUAAUUUAGCUAUGUGUGAUAUAAUGCUCAAUUAAGUAUGGAAAUGUAAAGUUCAGAGAGUCCAUAGUUUCCUGAUGUUGAACUUUUUUUUGUUGUUGUUGUUCCACUACAUGACAAGAGAAAACAUUUUGGUUUGACUUGUAUGUAGUUUUUGAAAUGUAUCUUGUUAAAUUUUGAUUUCAAUCCUUUUCAUGUACUGACCAAAUAUCAAUAAAGAAUUUUAAUGUCAC